UUCGCGAGGAAAGAUGUUGUCGAGAGUCAGUCUGCUCACGAUUCUGCUGAUCCUGAACUGCGUCAGCCGCGCGAUGGAGCACUCGAAAUCGCCACAGGAAGAGAGAGCCGUCACUUCCGACAAGAAGGUCCUAAGGCAUACGUACGUUAACGUCACGUUUGAGAAUCUUGUUUCUUCAGCCAACAGUAGCAUUGCCAAAGACCAGCUGACUAAGAUGCACAUUCAGGAUGAACACAGUGCACAUUCCAAGAUUGGAGUGGAAGAACGAGAUCGACCGCGCGGUCGGAAACGGAGGAUGGACCGUACGAUGAUGGCGUUACUAAUGGCGUACAAGCUGAAAUUUGUUGCUCUAAUACCGACGCUGCUCGGAGGUUUGAUCCUCCUCAAAGGAACGACGCUUCUCGCGGGAUUCUUCUUCGCUUUAUUCGCCGCUGUUCUUGGAUUAAAAGGACACUAACGGCAAAGUCCGUGUUCGGGAUUUUCGGAGGGAGAGAACGCAUCAGAGUACACAAAGAAGUGAGAGAAUUACAUGACUUUAUUUCGUAAUAAUUUACAAUCAGAUUAAACUUGUGUUAAACUAAUAACGCUGUUAUUCUUGAGAAAGUAUGAACGCCUGUGUGCACAAAGUAACACUUAAGGCCGAAUUUAUAAUCGCUUCUCGGGUCAAAACGUAUAUACCUUGUAUACAUCUCGUAGAAUGCGUCGCAGUCGCCAAGUGUGCACUUUAUUAACACGGUACAUUAAGCCAAAUGUGUUUAGAGGUCGAAAACACCUGAAUUCGCAUAUU